AAAAAAAAAAAAAAGUAAUGUUUGAAUACUUAACCUGACUUUUUUUUUUUUUAAAUAUUAAAAAAAAAAAUUUUCUACUUUUAUGUGUAUUUGAAUGGUCCACGACGAGAGCCGACUCUGUGUCACAUCCAGAUGUUAAUCCAAGACCACAUCAGGAAUCCGUCGGAUACAUUAUGUUGCUUGUUUCCUAAAGAAGUAGGUGUGUGUUUGCUCUCAGUGCGCCAUGAAACACGUCGUUUUUAUCCUGACAUCUUUACUUUUGACAGAGUGCUCAGAAAGCCCUGGGACAGACACUGAAUAUGAUCAGUUGAAGUCCUUGCUGUCAGACUUUGAUGUUCUGAACCUGUCCAGUCUGCAGCAGCACUCGGUGCGUAAGCGAGAUGUCCAGAGUCACACACAUGCAGAGAGACUGCUCACUUUCACAGCCUUGCACAGGCAUUUCAGGCUCUACCUGAUGUCCAACACUGAUCUGUUCACUGAAGACUUCAGCACUGUGGUGGUGGACAAAGACGGCACAUACCAGAAAUAUGAGGUCCACAGACAGAACUUCUUCACGGGCCAUGUCAUCGGGGAGGAGAACUCACGCGUACAGGCACAUGUUGAUGACAAUGACUUCACUGCUCACAUUCUGACCGAUGAAGCCGAAUACAACAUCGAGCCUCUGUGGAGGCUCACUCAAGGUGCGCCGGAUGGUCGCUUGCUGGUGUAUCGCUCGGAGGACAUCCGGAACAUGAGCCGUCUCGCCGCUACUAAAGUGUGUGGCUACAUCACAGCUGAGGCCAGUCAGCUCCUGCCUGAGAACGUGCACAGAGCCGCGGCAGCACAGGAGGAGGAAGAGCACCUGAGAGUGAGAAGGCAGGCAGUCGAUCACAGGAAGAACACAUGCCCGCUGUUGCUGGUGGCAGAUUAUCGUUUCUUCAGACACAUGGGCCGCAAGGAGGAGAGUACCACCAUCAACUACCUGAUUGAGCUGAUUGACCGGGUGGAUGAUAUCUACAGAAACACAUCUUGGGAUGAGGAGUUUAAGGGCUACGGUGUUCAGAUCCAGCAGAUUAUGAUCAAUAAAUCCCCAACGAAAGUGGAACCAGGACAAACCCACUACAACAUGAAGGGGAGUCCAGUGAAGAACAAAGAUGUGUGGGAUGUUAAAGCACUUCUGGAGCAAUUCAGCAUCGACAUUGCAGAGAAUGCCUCCAAAGUGUGUUUGGCUCACUUGUUUACCUAUCAGGACUUUGAUGAGGGCACGCUUGGCCUUGCCUAUGUCGCUCCUGCCAAAGAAGAGGCUCCUGGAGGAGUUUGUUCCAAAGAGUCCCCUCAGACAGGAUCUGAUAAACGCACCAUAUACCUGAACACAGGCUUAACCAGCACUAAGAACUAUGGGAAGACUAUCCUCACUAAGGAAGCUGACUUGGUGACGACCCAUGAGCUCGGACACAACUUCGGGGCUGUUCAUGACCGAGAUGAUGUGCCAUCUUGCGCCCCCAGUGAGGACCAUGGGGGCAAAUACGUCAUGUACCCCAUUGCUGUGAGUGGAGACCAUUCGAAUAACAGGCUCUUUUCCAACUGCAGUAAGAUGUCCAUCGUGAAAAGCCUGAGGCACAAGGGCCCGUCAUGUUUUAAGGAGAGAAACAGUAAAGUGUGUGGGAAUUCGCGUGUGGAGGAGGGAGAGGAGUGUGACCCUGGCCUGGUCCACCUCCACAGUGACCCCUGCUGUACCUCCGACUGCAAGCUACGGCCUAAAAAACAGUGCAGUGAUAGAAACAGCGCCUGCUGCAAGAACUGUGUGUAUGAGAAGGCGGGGAAGCUGUGCCAGGAGGCCAUCAAUGCCACCUGUAAGGGCAUGUCCUACUGCACCGGUAACAGUAGUGAAUGUCCUCCUCCAGAGAACCUGCCUGAUAACACCACUUGUGUGGACAGCGGACAGUGUCUGAAGGGAGAGUGUAUACCAUUCUGCGAGGCUGUCCUCAACCUGCUUUCGUGCGCCUGCAAUGAAACGCAUCACUCGUGUAUGGUUAGCUGCCGCAGUGAGAGUGGUGCAUGCUCUCCAUACCAGGAUCAUAGAGGAAACUUCCUGUACCUGAGAAAGGGCAAACCCUGCACUGUGGGCUUCUGUGAUGGAAAGGGUAAAUGCAUGAAGCAGGUGCAGGACGUCAUUGAGAGGUUGUGGGAUUUCAUUGACAAGUUGAACAUCAACACAUUUGGGAAAUUCUUGGCUGAUAACAUUGUGGGCUCUGUAGUGGUGUUUUCUCUGCUCUUCUGGAUCCCUCUCAGUAUUCUUGUCCACUGUGUGGACAAGAAGCUCGACCAGCAGUAUGAACUGAAUACAAGAUCACUCUUUUACCCCAGCAACGCAGAGCUGCUGAGCAGUCUCGAUUCAGCCUCCGUGCGCAUCUUCAAGCCUCACUCUGCCUCGGCUCUCUCCGCCGUCCCACGCUUCCAGAGCAGCACCCCUCCCGCCCCUCUGACUGCAGGCAGCUUAACGUCUCCAGCCUCAGGCAUGUUGGCGAGCACGGAGCCUCCACGCAUGGACACCAUCCAGGAAGACCCCAGUUACGACUCGCGCCUGGACGAGCAGGUCCUGGAGGAGGACUUCACCACUCGCACCAAUGCAGCUCGAUCCUUCGCGGACCUGACUGACGCUGCAGAGAACGAUCUGGAGAAAUCAUUCAAGAUGAAGGCACAUGGGCCCAGCAUCAGGAAGGAGACCGAGUGCUGAGUGUGUGCACGCGUGUGCGCAAACUGGCCUUGACAGAAAAGGAGUGACUGCAUGAACUCCAGCGGAGAAGCAGAAUAAGCAAAGCUUGCAUAAGUGAAGUGUGGGCCGGAGCUUAUGUAACACUGUAUUCAGAAAUACAGGAAGGCCGUAUAGUUUAGGAGCACUUCAAUUCCCUGUCGGGCGAACAAAAAUGUGUUGUUGCUUAUGUUUACAUAACGCUCAAUUUAGCAGCGAAGCAGGGUGUACAUAUAGCUAAAGACGAAUGUUUUUAUGUUUUGCUUUAUGAAUUUCAAAGGUACACUUCAGUUCACUUACAUUUUUGUGUUUCGACAGUUUAUACAGUAGUAACAAAAACACACACAUUUAAAAAAAAAAAAAAAAGAAAAUGAAACGCGUUUGAAUUUAUUCCAGCAGAAGUGAACAUCUCAUCUC